AUGGCUUCCGUAGAUGUUCUUUAUUUGUGGGUUGAUGACACUGUUCUUGGGGAGGAACCCCUGGUCGAUGCUGAGUUUAUCACUCAUCUUCAUAUGGCAAAAAGGAACGCUCAGGAGGCCUACCAAAGGGUCCAGGAAGCCAAGGCGAAGUCCCGGGCUAGGUCCGGGGGUGCCAGGGCGAUCACCUCUCCUCCUCCUCCUCCUCCUCCUCCUAAGAACACUGGCACUCCUUCUCAACCCAUUGUCAUUUCUUCCUCGAGUUUGCCCCGACCACCCCCUUCUGUCCAAAUUCUCUCCGAGCCCGAGAAGAAGAAGCGAAAGACUUUAGAGUCUGACCUGAAGACUCGGGGGCAGAGGAUUAUAGAGUCUCCUCCUCGUCCUAAGGAUGCCUCGGGUUCUUCCUCCGUUCCUCCGGCCGGUCCUGGUGGCGCCCCUCCUGAGCCUAGCGGUGGUGAUUCCUCGACUCCUUUGAAGAAAUGA